AUGUUACCUCAACGUUUAAAAUCUAUGGAUGUUCUAUUUAAGAAUACUUCAUACGACGCGAAUCAAUCUAGUAUGAAACGUCUCGUAUCAACACCACCAUUAAAUGACAUUUCAAAUGAUUCUUCUUCUUCUUCUUCUUCUUCUUCGUCGUCGUCGUCGUCGUCGUCGUCUCAUUUAUGUGAAAAUCAACAACAAAUUGAGUGGUUACCUAUUCCAAUUAAUCAAGAUGUUACGCGAUUGUGUGAAAAACGUCCACCUAUGAUCAUGGAUUCUGUUCUACAAUCGAUUGUACCCAUUUUUUCUCAAUUCAAUAAUACGAAUGAAUUUUAUCCUCUUCUAGCUAAUCUACACAAUAAACAUUUAUCCGAUGAAGAAAAACGACGUCGCAAAUCGAAUCGAUUUCAUUCUAAAGAAAUUUAUAUUCCAUUUUUUAAUGAAAAUGAAAUGAUACAACCUGUACGACAAUUAUUAGAUACAUAUGCUUUAAAAUGGAAUUUAAAUAAAACAAUUUUAGUUCUAAAUUUAAAUCGUCUGUUUAGUUUACUUUGUCGAUUAACAUUGAAAGAUUUCAUCAUUGAACAUGAAAAAAAUUCCUAUCAAUGGGCCAUAGAAGACUGGUUCAUCGUUCUUGAAUUCUAUUUACAAAUGGAUGCAUCAUGUUUCUUCAUGAAGACAUGUACUUUUCGUCAAGCAAAUCCUCGUUCAAACAUUGAGGGUUUAUUUUCUUUCGAUCCACCUGAAGCUAACUAUGGCAUGCGACGAUGUCGUGAUAUAAAUUGUCUUGUCUGUUAUGAACGAUUCGAUUUAACGUAUCGAUUCGAACCAACCAUACAGUUUUCCGAUCGUCAAUGUCAUCGUUUUGUCAAUGAUUAUCAAGUCUAUUUAAAUUGUGAUGUGACUUGUGCAACAUCAAAUAUCAUCUACGCUUUAACAUGUCCAUGUCAUCAAUAUGACUUUAUUGGUCGUUGUAUUAAACCUUUCCGUGAUCGAAUGUGGCAACAUCGUUUAAUUGGAUCUCGAUUGAUGAGUCAUUUUUUACUGGGUUCAACAGUGACAAAUCGACUUGAAGUAGAUCGUGUACCAACACUAUUCAACAUCCUCAGUCCGACUCAUUCUAAACUCUAUCAACAUUCAACAACAUGUCGCAUAGCUAUAGGAGUAUACUUAAAAUGUCAACCUGACUAUUGGUGUCUCGUACCUAUGACGAAAGAACAAGCAAUGAUCGAUGAUGCAAAUAUAACAUCGACAGAGAAAAAUCUUUGGUAUGAAUAUCAAGUAUUGACUACUAGAGAGACGGAAACAAAAGUAUCUGAAUAUAUUCGUCCUAUGACACUAAUACGAUGGUGUGUCGAUCAUUUACCUCAACCACCAGCAAAUUAUCAAUUUUCUUUUCGACAAAAAAUUGAACAGUAUACAUUUUUUCGAGAUCGUAUCGAUCGUAUUACAACACCUUUUCUUGAUCUUUAUAAUGGAGCUAUAGUUAUCGCUGUACCUGAAACUAGUUCCGAGGCAGUUCGUCAUUUGAUACAAGCUUUAUUAGUGGCUUAUGCAAAGCCAAAAUUAGUUGUUACUACUACGACUACGGAUGAUACAUGUAAUGAUGAUAUUUGGUGUCGAUCACUGAUUCAUCCUCGUCUACUAUGA